GAAAAUGUCAGAAGAUAAGCAGCUGGUGAGUUACUGUUAUCACAGUUUUUGGCCUGAUAGAGAGAAAGUGACUGAAACUUUCAAGCCUUUAGUGGAUGCACUUUACUCAACCAUUGUUGAUGACUCUGUUGGUCCAGAGCUCUUUAGUGAUGGAGAACAAUGGUUCUCAAUGAACAAUGCCAUAUUUCUACAUGAGAGCAUUGAAAAUGAUGAAAAGAUUGGUGACCUUGCAGUUCAAGUUUGCAAGAAAUAUGCAAAAGGACCCAACCAUGUUGUUCCUCUUCCACUGUGGCUGAGAAAUAGCUUCAAACAGGCUGGCCUAGAAAAGGUUUUACAAAACAGGACAUGGAACUGGGAGAAGUUCUACAGAGAAGCAGUGUUCAGUAACCUAACUACAAUGGACUCGAAGAGUAGAGAUACCCUUGUGCUGCAUGCUAUUGACCUUCAUAUCAAAGAAAUUGACAGUCUGCUGCUCUGCCAUCCAUGCAUACCCACAAAGGGUGGACAGCUCCAACAUGUCAGGAAUCUUGUGAAUCCUACAGGGAAAGUGGCCUGUCUGUUUGAACCAAAAGAGGGACGCUUGCUGGAUGGAUCCGAAAAUGACUUCAGAUCUCCAAAAAGGAUUCAGCGUUUGUUGGAACUCGGUAUGGCAAAUGAUCAUCUCCCAUUGGAAGACAUCACAGAGAAAGCAGGCACAAUUAAUAAAACCUGGAGCACUGACAAAAAUAAAGCAUUUGUCCACUUGAAGUGCCUUUUUGAACUGAUGAAGAAUCACACUGAUGAUAAAGACUCUCACCACUGGAAAACACUCAGGACAACUGCAUUUCUUCCAGCAUAUUCACCUGGUGAUGCAAAAAUGGAAGGAAAUGUAACACUUAAAAAGCCCACAGAUGUUUUUAGUGACAAAUGCUCCCUUCUCGUUAACAUGACACAACCAGUGCUGGAUAAUAGUAAUUUGAAAAUACACCACAGUGAUCCAGUCCUACAGAUCUUGGGCGUGAACAGCACUCCGAAGCCAGAGGUGGUGCUCCAGCAGCUGCAUGAAGGAAGCAAACAAGCACACUCCAUUGACAGAUCCAUGCUUUACAAAAUAGCAUUUGAGUGCUAUAAGUGUCUGGAUCAGUGGAUCUGGGACUCUGGAAAUACCUCUUACAUUUCACAACAAGUAAAUUCAUUUCCAUUCAUCCUCAUUGGCGAUACAUUUGUGAAUGUUGAUCGUGUAGCUGAGAACGGGCAAUUUGAAGCAAAGCCCUAUCUCCACGUACUUCCAGCUGCCUUCACAAGCUUCAGGAACCUCUGGACAUGUAUAGGUGUUGAAAAACAAUUCACAGCCACUCAGUUUCUAACUGUGUUGCAGGAAUUAAAAGCUCAACAUGGAAACCAGCCCCUACCAGAGAGUGAUCUCUCAGUUGUCCUCACAAUUUUAAACAAAGGGAUUUUUGAGGCCAAAGUCAAAAUCAUGCAUGACUGUCUGAUACCCAAUGAGCAUGGAGUUUUGCAGUUUGCUAGUGAGCUGUUUUACAAUGACAGCCCGUGGAUGCCACUCACUUCAGGUGUCACAUUGUGUCACGAGAAUAUCCCACGAGCUAUGGCUCGCCACAUUGGAAUCAAAACAACAAGGCAUCAUUCUCUGGAAACCCACAUAGUUGAUGACAUGUCACCAUUUGCUUUUGAGUUUGAACAGCAGGAACAGCUGACUGUUCGUAUUAAAAACAUAAUUUCAGCCUAUCCAUCAAAGAAGGAUAUCCUUAAAGAGCUCAUCCAAAAUGCUGAUGAUGCAGAAGCAACAGAAAUUCACUUCAUCUGAGACAAAAGACAACAUGGAAAAGAAAAAACAUUUGGGAAGAAAUGGAACCAACUUCAGGGUCCAGCACUUUGUGUGUUCAACAACAAAGUGUUUUCUGAUGCUGACAUUAAGGGAAUUCAACAGCUGGGAGAGGGAGGAAAGCACAACACCCCAGGGAAGAUAGGGAAGUACGGAGUUGGAUUCAACUCUGUUUACCAUCUGACUGACUGUCCUUCGAUCCUUACAGGAGAUGAAGUACUUUGCAUUUCUGACCCCAAUCAAAAAUACAUUGAAAAUCACUCAAAUAAACCACGAUAUGGCAUUGGCUAUAAACUAGCUGACACUUUCAAAGAAAUGUACGUAGAUGUCUACAAAUCAUUUCUUCCAGACAAAUUUUCUCUUAAAGAGGGCACCAUGUUCAGAUUACCUCUGAGAAUGGGUACAAAUGCAAAUACCUCCAAAAUAUCACAGCAAGGACUCACUGACCACGACAUGAAAGAACUGUGCUCUGCCCUGUCUGAAGAUCCUGAAGGACUAAUUCUCUUUCUGAAAAACAUCUGCAAAAUCACAGUCCAUGAAAUCAGUGAAGAUUCAAGAGGACUUAAAACCAUCUUUGAGGUUGAAAAAAAUCUGCCACAGAAAAGUCGGGAAGAAAAAGAUGCUUUUGUAAAACAUCUACAAAAUGCACUGAAAUCAGAGAAAUUAGCAACACAAAAGACUUUCUAUGAAACCACAAUUUCCACCUCAGAUAAAAGACAAAGUAAGUGGAUUGUUGCAGAACAGUUUGGCUCCUUCAAAGACAGCUUUGAAUUAAAACUAUCAGACAAACUUCCCCAAGCAUCAUUAGCUGCACGUGUGAACACAAAAGGAUCCAGCGUCAUGGAUUUUAAAGGAGAAGCCUUUUGUUCACUUCCUUUGCCAGGGAAAACUGGACUGCCAGUACAUGUCAAUGGAAACUUUGAGGUUGAUUCUGCCAGGAGAAGCCUUUGGAAAGAAGAUGGGAAGAGUAAGAAAUCCAACUGGAAUGAGAUUUUGAAACAGAACGUCAUUGCACCACUGUAUGCAGAUCUCCUGCAUUAUAUUAGGUGCAGCAUUGCAGCUAAGAAAGUUUCAGUUGCAAGUACUGACUCAUGUUUCAGAACAGAAUACUUGUGUUUUUGGCCAACUGUGUCCAAGGAUGUUUGCCCAGACUGGCAUGAAAUGAUACAUGAAGUAUACAGAUCACUGAAAGGAAAAGGCCUUGAUGUAAUCCCUGUGAUGAAGAGCUCAACACGGAAAAUUGCAGAUAGAAAAAUUGAAGAAUACUCAUUUGACUGGUGUAAUGUCAGUGAAACAGACUCACUUGAGGCCCCUUACCUUGCAAACUUUACAAACUACAAGUUGAUGCCCAUCUUGGAAGAUCUUGGAAUGAAGCUGGUUCCUUAUUCCACAAACAUGCAGAAGAUUUGGAAAAGUUUCACAGAUGCUGGGGUUGAAGUGAAAGAGGUCAGUCCCUCCACUGUGCGGACUUUUCUACGAGCAAAACCUCUCAAUGAUCCAACCCAAACAGAUGAGGAUUUGCCUUUACCCAUAAGUGCCACUUUGAUCAAAGAUGAGAAAAGAUGUUCAGAGCUCUUAAGUUUUUGUUUAAAAGAUUUCUCCUCACAAAAGGUCACCCAGGACAAUUCAAAUUUACUCAAUGGACUUCCACUUCUUCUCACAAAAGGGAAAAUAUUGACAGUUUUCAACUCCCAGUCACCCAAGUGGAUAUCAGUAUAUGAAAAUCUCUUCUUUCACUACGAGGACAAAUUUGCAGACUAUCAGACAAACAAAGACCACAUUGAACUUCUUCAAAGUUCAAGAAUCAUCCAAAAAAUGACAUUGCCCUGCUCGGAAAAAUAUCUGAAACCAUUAAUUCAGCUUCUUCUUGAGAACUGCUAUGUUGAUCCACACAGUGGUCUUCAUGUCCCAAAUGAGAAAAUGUUGAAGUGGCUGAAAUCACUUUGGAGGUUCAUAAUGAGUGAAAUUAAAGCACCAACAUCUAGAGAUGACGAGUCAAAUCUGAUACUCAGUGAAGUGAGGAAACUCUUCAGUGACUGCUACAUUUUACCUGUUGUGUGUCCAAGGUUGAAGAACAAGCACUUGCUGCAAACAAUGAAACACAUUUCAAGUGUUGUGUUUGCCUCACAUAAAGACAUAUCAGGCAUCCUCUUUAAACUUGGUUUUAUGACGUCUGAUCAUGUUUUCUUCUCUGAGAUGGGCCAACAGGUAUAUUCAUGUCUACAUCAUGAACUUCUUAAUGUAGAUGAUCAAAGCUCAGUGUUGGAUCAAGUGUACAACAUUAAUCACCCAGAGUUUUCCCACCUUUCAAAUGAUGAUAUGAAGGAGUUUCAGAUGUUCCUGCAAUCGGGAUUAUCCAAGUCCAAAGACAAUCAAGAGUAUGUGAGGAAACUCAAAUCCUUACCAAUAUUUGAAACAACACAUGGUGAACGAGUGAGGAUUGAUGGACCUAAAAAGGUUUAUGUUCUCAACAACUCUUAUUCAGUGAGAUUUCCAGAUUUGUUCAACCUGCCCAACAGCAACAGCAUUUUUCUCAAGUACAACCCCGAGAACUACAAGCUGUCAGAAACACUCAACAUUCAGAUCCUGGAUGAUUUGCAGUAUUUCAUGAAGUUCAUUCUGCCUGCUGUACACCAACUCACAGAGACACAGAUUCUUCACAGCCUCAAACUGUUGCUGUCACUACAUUACUCUUCAGAGGACAAGAAAACUAUAAUCUCCUCACUGAAGACGGUGAAACUGAUUCGUAGUUCUCAAGGUAGACUGGAGCCUGCAUCAUAUUACUUUGAUGAGAGUGUGGAGCUGUACAAAACAAUGCUGCCUCAAGAUAAAUUUGUUCCUGAGAUAUUUUGGACUGAGCUGUGUGAAGGAGAUCUUUUAGUAGAACAAGAAGCAAAAGAGCUGGUCAGAGAAUUUGGAAUGAAGCAUGUUGUGUCAAACGAUGAGAUAAUAAAUUUUGCGUACCAGCUGGAAUCAGAAGCAAAAGGAAAAGGAAGAAUUGAAGACCUGAAACUGAAAUCAUCAUUACUUUUCAGUGAAGCCUUGAAUAAAGCAUGUGAUGCCAAAGACAACAAGGAAAGGUUGCUGGAAAGCAUUGCUGACAUCAAAUUCAUUUUUCCAGUAUUGAUUCGAAAAGAACUGUCCAACUACCACCAACCAUUUGCUGCUGAAGGAACUACUGUUAAAAUUAGAGGCUCGUUGAUUGACAAAAAACCUGAGCAUCAAGAUUUGAUUUGGACCUCCAUGCCAAUUAUAGACCUACCAGUUUAUACAACACAGAAACUUAUGCAGAUGAUAAAAAACGCAGGAGCUCAUGAGGAACCACCUCCAAACUGUGUAACCAGUAACAUAAGAAACAUCUGUCAGUCAUCAUGUGAAACUGACCAGCUGAUCAAAACACGAGCUGAAGUGUUCAGAAGUUCGUACGCUUACCUGCAAGCAAAAAGAUUUGAAGGAAACCAGCUGGCUGGUCUUCCUGUUGUGCUGGUUGAAAAAGACACAAAACUUAUGAGGCCUGAUGACGUGUGUCUGUCGCUCUCCUAUGAUCUGGACUUCAGACCAUAUCUGUACAAGAUUACUCCAGAAGAUGCAAUGUAUGCACCGUUCUUUCAGAAAAUUGGUGUGAAGAACAAAGCUACUGCAGAGCAGUAUUGUAAUGUUUUGGCAGCAGUUUACACUGAUUCCUGUGAUAAACAAAAACUACAUUCGAACCAGCUGAGAACUGUGAAACAAGCUGUUGAGCAGUUGUUUAAGUCAAUCAGUGCUCAGGGAAAUGAGACACUUCUUGAAAAUGUGGAGACUCUGUAUCUUCCUGCAGUAGAUGGUAAAUUAUACCCAUCAUCCACACUCUACUACAACGACACAGUGUUUGAGACCAAAAGGUUGGAAGAAGCACUGGAGAACAAGUUCCUGCUGCUUGAGAAACUCAGUGAAUGUCAUUUGGGCAACGACAAAUACAAGCAUCAUCAGCUGUUGCAACUGCUGCCUCAGAAAUUUCAGCCAAAGAUGCUGUCUGAGUUCACAGAGGAAAGAGUUGUGAAAUCAAAGAUGCAGCUUUGUGAACUUGGGACUGGCUGUGAAUUUAGUGGAUGGUUUGAUAAACAUCUCUCCUCAGGAGCCUUUAAAUAUGGAUUAAUUUGUCUUAUUAGAGAGAAUUCUCAAGGCAAAAUAACACAAGAAGAUGCUUCUAACAAAUGUGAGCAGAUUUUUGGCAGUAUACAGAUUAUCUGCUGCAAAACUUUGGAAACAGCUCUCUGGCUUGAUAAACAGCCACUUCCCAAAACUGAUGAAGAAACAGAUGUUUUUGUGGAACGAGGACAACAAGGGUGCACCUUUUACUUAAAGCACAAUGAUGGCAUGGCUCUCAAGGUAAUAAAUGAAGUCAUCAUGACACUGACAAAGGAGAUUAAUGCUCUUUUAGGAAACAGAAUUGCAUUGGUUCAUCUUCCAGUGCUGGGACAACUCCUCAUGUGUGACGAUCUGCAAGAUGUUCGGAAAACUCUGGCUAAAAAUCAGAUCCGUGACAGUGCUGAAACUGAAAGUUCCUCUUUUAGUCCAGCAGCCCCUGGGACAGAAGUUCCAGGAGAAUGGCAUGAUUGUUUGGACAUGAAUGUCCUCAACAACUUUGAAGAGGGGGAAUAUGUUGGCUACAGCAUUGAUGACAAGUACAUUUAUGCAGUUAUUGUUGAAGAACUGCCUGGUCACAAUGGACGAUAUUCAUGGAGAUACAAAAUAGAAGUAGGAGAAGAUGAGCCCAUUGAAGUCAGCUGUGUUGAUCUGUUUCAGUUUAAACGAGAAAAGAAGGUAAAAACAGAAAGGAGGAAAUGCAUGGAGUCAGAACCACAGAAGAAGAUGCUAAAACCAGAAGAAAACACUUGCAUGGAGCUGGAACCACUGACAGGAGCUGGGCCACAUUCUUCUAAACCAUCAACAAAUUCCUUACCAGCCUCUGUUGAGGAAGCUAAAAGGGAAAUUGAUAAAUGUCUGGCAGAGAUCUGGAGGCUUCCUGAGGAGGAGAGGCACAAAGCCAUCAAGAGACUGUACCUCAGGUGGCACCCUGACAAAAAUUGCCAGUCUCUCGCCAAUGAGGCAUUCAAAUAUUUACAGAAUCAAAUUGAUGAGCUCAGCAAACCCAAAGCUGGAGACUCGACCUUUUCAAGCAGAAAUACAAAUUUCUAUCAACAGUGGAAUCAGGAGGCCAGGUAUCACAGAAAUAGUCGAGAGAGGUUCUCUAGAGGUUAUAGAGGUUUCCAUUCCUACAACUUCUGGACCCACAAUGAAAAUGUCCCAAGGCCAGACAGAGAAGAGGCCAGGCGCUGGUGUAGACAGGCUCGCUGCGAUCUCAAUGCAGCUCACAAAGACACUGGUGGAGGGAGCACAGAGUGGUGUCUGUUUAAGGUCCAUCAAGCAGUGGAAAAGUCUCUCAUAGCAGCAUGCUAUAAAAGAAAUGGACAACACCCCAACAGCAGCUCAAUUUCAGCCACUGCUGCACAAGUUUCCUGCUACAGCCCCCAACUGAGAGAUCUGCCUGAGAUUGUGAAAAACCUGCAGACACUCGGGGUGGAUCCCAAAAGGACUCAAUAUCCCAACUGCCAUCCAUAUCCCCACAUACCGAACGGACAAUUCAGAUCAGAGAAUGAAAUGCUGGCACUGAACAAGGCAUCUGAGCUCCUUAAUAAAAUAGAAGCAUAUGUGAAUUAAGGAUUCAAGACAGAUGGACUAUCAAUUAGUGUGACUGUGUUUUGACAUGUUAAAAGGAUGAUAUCUACAAUCUAAAGGUCAAAUAUUAUUUAGCAUCACAAUCAAAAUUAAAUGAUUUUUUUUUUAAAAUUGUCUCAGUACUAAAGACUAACCAACUUUUAACGAAGACUGAAAUAUCAGUGUUUUGUUUAUUAUUACAUACAUUUCCAAAUACUUACUGAAGACUUACUGAAGAAAUAUUCUGUGUACCGUUUUGUUAUGAAAAUGUAAAGAUCAAAUAUUCUUUUAUUUCCUCAAGUAUUCUUGUUUUAUUUUUUAUUACUACAUGGCUCACCUGCUUGAGAUCCACAUACUUAUUGUAAUGAAAUGCAAAUGUUCAGAUUUUGAUGUUUUAAACAGUUGUGACUUGCCAAAGCAAAAUUUAACUAAUGUAUGUUUAGAUAUUUUCCUAUGUUUUAAACAAGUUCUACUACUGAGACCCAAGUAUAUAUUUUUACAUUUUAAUCAUUUAUCAGACAUAGGAACCAAAACAAUACUAUAUGAAUUUGUUAUAAAAGGGGUUUUUUUGUUUUGCAAAAAGUUUUUAGCUUUGAUAUAAAAAUAUAUUUAAUGUAAAGUUUUGUUAUAAAAUACAAAUGCUAAAUAAUUUGGUUGAGCUUUCUCACACCUAAGUAAUGGUUAAGAUUUUAUUGAAUUUUUAUUUGCUUAAGUGAUAAAUGAAAUGGUAAAAUAGCAAUCUGUGUCAUAUUUUUAAACACUUUUAUGAAAUGAUUUCCAGCUUUUUUAUAGUUAUUUUUGAAAUCUCCUUUGUAUCAAUUAUGAAGCAAGACUUUUUCAAAAUAAAUCAUUCCUACGUAAUACUGA